GGCCAGCGCUAAGAUUGUCAAUCCACCGCUUCCGUCGUCCUGGUUGCUACGUCUGUUCUGCGCCGGAAGGAGAACCCGCGAACGCGUUUGGAAUUAUGGCGGCGGUGGAUAUCCGAGAUAAUCUGCUGGGAAUCUCUUGGGUUGACAGUUCCUGGAUUCCUAUUUUGAACAGUGGAAGUGUCCUGGAUUACUUUUCAGAAAGAAGUAAUCCUUUUUAUGACAGGACAUGCAAUAAUGAAGUGGUCAAAAUGCAGAGGUUAACAUUAGAACACUUAAAUCAGAUGGUUGGAGUGGAAUACAUUCUUUUACAUGCUCAAGAACCCAUUCUUUUUAUCGUUCGGAAACAACAGCGGCAGUCCCCUACCCAAGUUAUCCCGAUGGCUGAUUAUUAUAUCAUUGCUGGAGUGAUCUAUCAGGCACCAGACUUGGGAUCAGUUAUAAACUCUAGAGUGCUUACUGCAGUGCAUGGCAUUCAGUCAGCUUUUGAUGAAGCUAUGUCAUACUGUCGAUACCAUCCUUCCAAAGGGUAUUGGUGGCACUUCAAAGAUCAUGAAGAGCAAGAGAAAGUCAAACCUAAAGCUAAAAGGAAAGAAGAACCAAGCUCUAUUUUCCAGAGACAGCGUGUGGAUGCUUUACUCCUAGACCUUAGACAGAAAUUUCCUCCCAAAUUUGUGCAGCAAAAGUCUGGAGAAAAGCCUGUCCCAGUGGAUCAGACAAAGAAAGAAGCCGAACCUAUACCAGAAACUGUAAAAUCUGAGGAGAAGGAGGCCACCAAGAAUGUCCAACAGACAGUGAGCACUAAAGGCCCUCCUGAAAAACGAAUGAGACUUCAGUGAGUGUUGGACGAGAGAGAAACCUGUAAGACUCUUCCUGUCCUUUAUUAUACCUCAUUACUGUGACAUGCUCUUGAACUUUAAAAUUCUUUGUCACAAUCCUCUCAUUUGUAUAGAAUGUUGUACUUGUUCUUUAAGGAAAGAUGAACGGAUCUUCAUGCUUUCCAUAUGAAUAUUUUUGAUGUAUCCUUUCCUUUGUGAUCUUCCCCCUACUGAACUCGCGCAACUUCCUCAAUCAUAUGUGUACCUUAUACAUUAAAAAAAAUAAAUUUAUUUGUAUAAAUUACUUUAUCAUGGCUUUUUCUCCCUCAUGUCUCUCUGAAUUAUUUCUAGAUGCAUUUUGUAAACAGACAGGAUUGUUAAAGUAAUAACUUAAGUUUAUUUUCUUUUAUUUGCAUGUUCCUUGGUAUAAAUUGUGCUAGUUACUAACAUUUUGAAAGAUAAAAGGGAAAACCAAUGCUGUCAUCCUUUAUAUACUCAUACGUGUUGUGAAUUUUUUCCCCGUGUGUAUUAGCUUAUAGUUGUUCUGUUCACAUAAUUUUACUCUCAUCAUAUUAUUAUGUCUGUUUAUAAGCACAUUCCAGUUUUACUUAGUCUUUAUAGACUAUUUAUUUUAGCGGCUAAAUAAUUUUUGUGAUUGUUUUUUUAAAUGAUCCCAUGUUAUGUUCAGAAUUUUCUCAACUUGCAUUAUUUUAAAUAAGGUGUAGUGAUUAUAGUUGUGAUAGUGACUUUUCAAUGCUUAAUACUUCCUUAGAGUCUAGUAGUACAAUCACUGCAGUCUGCACAUAUUUUUGCUCUUAGUCUGUGUUGCCAAGUUGUUUCUCCUAAAAGAUCUGGACCAAUUUACUCAACAGCUAAGUAUGAAGAUCCCAAGUUCUCUACAAUCUUGCUACCACUGACUAUUGUUUUCAUUCUUAGUGCUAAUUAAAGCAGCAAAAUAUAUAUAUUUUAUUAAGUUAUUGAACAAUCUCUCACCUUUGCUUUUUGCAUUUAUAAAGCCUGGUUUUCUAGAUUAUGUGACAUUUUUCUUUUAGCUUUUCAUUUUGACAUAAUUUCAGGUUACAGAAAAGUUACAAAAAUAGUACAAAGGGGGCCUCCCCGGUGGCGCAGCGGUUGAGCGCUGGGUUGUGAAGCUGCCAGGUUUGAUCCCCGGCUGCUCCCAGGCCACCGGAGGAGGGUCCCACAUGGCGCUCAGACCUCUCCUGCCUCCCGCUGCUCCCCUCAGCAGUGUACUU